AUGGGAAUCGGAUAUCGGCUACAAAUUCAAUUCAUCACCAGAAAACACCGCUCGGGCGGGGGCCGGAUCUUGCCGGCGGGGCGGCCGCAGGCGGAGGCUCCGAGCCCCCAGGCGCGCCCUGCGCGGGGCGAGGGUCCGCGGCCUCCUCUCGAGGGCCGCGCCUCGCCCGGGAGACCCCGCCGCCGCCUCCUCCCCGCCCCCUCCUUCCUCCCUCUUGGGGCCGCCGCCGAUCGGUUCUCGCCGCCGCCGCGGGGCUUGUUGUUGACUUUGAGGAAAACUCCUGACGUCAGGGGCUGGCUCUCGGCGACUGGCGGGAGCGGCUUCCCCGCGUCCCCGGCCCUGCCCGCCGCCUCAGCUCCCCUCCUUGCCGGGCCCUGGUCCUCAAGGCUUCCCCGCGCCCCCCAAACCCGCGGCGCCCGGCGCCCCCUCUCCUCUCGCGAGAACAUCCCCCCAGCCAGCCAGAGCCGGGAGCGGGGGCAGUCAUUCCUGGGCGGGAAGUUCUGGGUUUCCCCCGCGCCCUCGUGGCCCUUGGCGGGCACCCGAGGCCGGCAGCGAUGGCUCCCCUCCCGGCGCCUUCCGCCACGCACCCGCCCGCCCAGGCUGCAGACCCCGCGCCGCACGGCCCGGCCUGGCGCAGCCCACGGCGGCUGCUUGCGGAGGUCGCGCCGCGCUCGAGGGCCCGCACCUGGAAGCCCCCGAGGUGGGCGGUGCCCAGUGGGGAGGGAGCCCCGGCGGCGUCGAGCGGGUCGGGAAGGCGUCUCAGCCACAGCCCCUGCGGGAAGAGGGUUCCGGGUCGUUACUACUAAGCGCUAA